AAUAACGAUCGUGAUCGUGAUAACUAUAGACCAGACGUUUACAAGCCAUCUCAAUCUCAACCUCAACCUCCACAAUCAAAUGCACCAGCAUCUUCUGAAUCUUCAGUAAUUCGUCCAUCAAGACCAUCGGGUCCUUCAAAAUAUAGAGAAAACAAUCGUGAUUAUGAGAAAUCUUCUCCCAGUAAUGAUAGAGGUAUAGGAUCCAAACGACCAAUGGUUCCAUCUGGUCCAAGUAACUAUAAAAAGAAAAAGCCAAGAGAUUAUACUUCAUCAUUUGUAAGUAAAAGACCAGAUGGUCCCAAAGGUUUCCCUACAGGUCCAAGAGAUUAUACUAGACCCAAUGGACCAGGGUCAAGAGGUCCAUCAGUACCCAUACAAGCAAAAAAUCCAAAACCACGAGAAUUACCAAAAUUAUUGCCAUCACAAAUAUAUUCUGUUCAAGUCACUAGAUCAACCAAAGUAUUUGAUCGAGUCCAACAAGUUGGAGAAGGUACUUAUGGAAAAGUUUAUAAAGCCAAGAAUAAUAUAACUAAUGAAUUUGUUGCAUUAAAGAAAUUACGUUUAGAAACUGAAAGAGAAGGUUUCCCAAUUACAUCAAUUCGAGAAAUAAAAUUAUUACAAUCUUGUGAUCAUGAAAACAUUGUAGGAUUAUUGGAAAUGAUGGUUGAAAGUAAUCAAAUAUAUAUGGUAUUUGAUUAUUUAGAUCAUGAUUUAACAGGAUUAUUAACUCAUCCUGAUUUAAAAUUACAAGAAUGUCAUAGAAAAUUUAUUUUUAAGCAAUUAAUGGAAGGUCUUAAUUAUUUACAUAAAAAGAGAAUUAUUCAUCGUGAUAUUAAGGGUUCAAAUAUUUUAUUGGAUUCAACUGGUAAUGUUAAAAUUGCAGAUUUUGGUUUAGCUAGAAAUAUGAAAAUUUUAAAUGAUGGUGAAAGUCCAGAUUAUACUAAUAGAGUUAUUACAAUUUGGUAUAGACCACCUGAAUUAUUAUUGGGGGCUACAAAUUAUGGUAGAAAAGUUGAUAUUUGGGGUGUUGGAUGUUUAUUAAUUGAAUUAUAUUCAAGAAUUGCAGCUUUCCAAGGAUAUGAUGAAGUAAGUCAAUUAUGUAAAAUUUUUAAUAUUAUGGGAACUCCAAGUUUUAAAGAUUGGCCAAAUAUUGAUAAUUUACCAUGGUUUGAAAUGUUAAAACCUAAAGUUAAUAUAGCAUCUAAAUUCAAACAAAUUUAUGAAUCUCAAAUGAGUGAAUUAAGUUAUGAUUUAGCCAUAAAAUUAUUAGCAUUAGAUCCUGCAGCUAGAUUAACAGCAGAACAAGCAUUAAAACAUGAUUAUUUUAUUAAAGAUCCUCAACCUGAACCAUUAUACUUUUUGAAAGAAGUUAAAGGUGAAUGGCAUGAAUUUGAAACAAAAAAGAGGAGAAGGCGCGAAAGGAAAAGAUUACAAGAUGAAGCUAAAGCUAAAGAAAUGCAAGAAAAUUUAUCUAAUAAAAGUAAAGAUAAAGAAGAAUCUAGUCAACAAUCAGAGAUUAAUGAAGAUGAUAAACAUGUUACAAUUGAAGAACCUGAUAUUUUAAAGAGUGAUAAACCAUUGGAUGAAUAUCCCAAAACUGAAGAUUCUGAUUUAGCAGGUGAUAGGGAUUAUCCUAAAACUAUUGAUAGCGAUUAUCCAAGAUCUGAAGGAUAUCAAUCAGCAUAUUCACAAACUAAGCCUAAUGAUAAUAGUUCUGAUAACGAAAUUACUGUAGACAAUAAUAGGGAUGAAGUAGAGGAGAUUGAAGCUGAAGCCCAAGUGACAGAUUAAAAAUAUGUACCUCUAAAUAAUAUAUAUAUAUAUGUAUAUAAAUCUUUAUUCACACUUUUUUUUUAUGCAGAGAAA